AUGUUUCUUCCACGAACUUUACUGAGCCGAGCGAUGCCCUGGAGCGAGCGUGUCUACUUCAGGCAACGUGCCGACGCCACGCGUAAACCGCUGAAUGGUCACUACCAAGCCGACUUGGAACUAGACUGGCCGAAAAAGACCAAGAAGUGCUCGUUUCUUGGAUUCCGGUACUGGAUGGUUCUUGCUUUUUUGAGUUUUUUAUUAGGUCUGCAGGGAACCGUUCGUUUUUAUCGCAGCCGAGCUCAUCUCAGUGAGGGCGCAACAUUUGCACCGGAGGCGGCCCUCGUGCGUCUGCACAGCGCCUACUGGAAUUUUUUGGAGCACCUCAGCACGCACUGUAAGUCAGCGGCUCCUCGACGGCUCAGAGUUCAGGGAAGUCAAGUGCAUCUGGCUAUCGUCCGACCGUUCUCCACGAAGCAUGUUGACUUGCUUGAACGUCGCACGCAGGACUGGAUCCAGAUGCCGCACGCUAUUCCUUGUCUUCGCAGCAGGGAUGACGAGCAAAACCUGAUGACCGCUGAUGUGGACCUUAUAUUCGUGUACAGCGCGUCGGAGUCGGAGCAUCGUGCGCACGAUGAGGGGUUUCGGGCGCGUUUGCUCGGUGCCGCCCAACCGCUUCUACAGAACGCAUCUCAAGUGUCCUGCUUUCGACAGAUUCAUUUCUGGGGGCACGUCAUCGAUAUGCGCGAAAGCGACGUGCAUCCCGAUGUCACUUGUGAUAUGUUUUACUCGAUAAUGGAACGCCUCGCGGAAAUCAAUGACACCAAAUAUGGCCCCUAUACACACUUCAUGCUCAUGGAACCGGACGUACAGCCGGUCCAAGCAGGCUGGUUGUCUGAAGGCAUCCAAGAUCUUGCUCAUAUAGCAGCCGUAGAUGGCACGUGGGUGAUUGGAAGCAUCUCGCAUAACCCCAUGGAUUAUCGCGAUUACCAUAUGAACGGGAACGCUUUGUACGCGUUAAAAGACAAGGCGUUUCGCGUCGAGUAUCUGCGCAAUCGAGUGCAGCGCCGUUAUCGACGCAAUGCACGUGUACCCUUUGCAGAUGGAUGUAGUGGUACUGCAUAUGGCGGCUAUGAUGUAUCCCUUACAGGAUACCUGUAUGACCUGCCGAUGAAUCGAGACGAGUGGCGCUACGUCACCCAGGUAUUUCAUCGGUUUCGAGCAACAGAUCGAAUUCUGAAUAUGGGGAACGCGCCGGACUGGCGACCGUGGCGCACUGAUUACGGUAUCGGUUGUAGAAGUAUGCUGGUACACGGAAAGAGUGCAAACAAUGUGCGGAACAUUUGGGAUCCCGCUGAGCAAGGCUGGACGGUCGAGAAAGGUACCAGCUCCGGACGACCUACCAAAACCCAGAUUUACUGCGAGAUCAGCCGCUUUCUGGAGCAGUUGACAGAGUCGGCGGAUCCCGAGUGUACAUACCGUUUCUGCCAUUCAGAGACACCCUAUCCGCCGCGUAUUUUUAUGGAUUGGGUCCGCGCACAACUGGACUCCGCUUGA